AAGCAGAAAACCCCAGCCUUAGUUAGACUGGUUUUGCCAAGAUUUCUUUCGGGGCGGCUCACAAUAAUGUUAGCAAAGAUUGAGGUUUGUUUGUUUGCUUGCGACGGCUUAACAAUCCACCACGAUGGACCGUGAGGCUUUGCUCCACCAUUCCAAAGCCUUAUGCACUGCAUUUGCGAAUCAUGAUAGCAUGGAUCAGAUUGUGCAGUGCUUUUCUUCCACCAGAGCAAAUGAUAUUCGUUGUUUCGAGCACGGCCUCCAGCGGUUGGCACCCUUUUUGGGCCGGUCCUUUCAGGGAGUCGAUGGAUUGAAGGAAUACUUUGCGAUUAUUGCAGAUCUUCUGUCCUACGAAACAAUGGAGUUUUCAGAUUAUAUAGUCGAUGUAGAAGAACGUGUAGUUUCGGUUCGUGGCAAGGCCAAGUUCACAUGGAAGAGCACGGGCAACAGCUGGGACGAAGUCUUCAUCUACAGACUGCAACUCGACGAAGAUGGCAAGGUUAUUGUGUAUGAAGUGUGGGCAGAUUCUGGUGCUGCGUAUCUAGCCAGCAAGGGAGAGCUUGCUGGCGACAACUAGCUAGCUACCGGUACAGUUGUGCUGGAAUUGACUGCAUAUGCAAAUCUGUGAACAGAACCAAGCGCCUACCGGUACUAGUGCCGGUAUGUAUGAAUGAUUUCUUUUAUCCCCCUAGCUUUCUCAAAUGAACGAAAGGAUGAUCUGAAACAGGAGACAAAAACUUGACAUAUAUACCUAACCAAUCCUGUUGUCAAUUCGCCCAAGAUAUGCAAGGAUUUCCAUACGAACCUCGGCUACCGUAGCUAGCAAAUCCUAGGAGAUUGAUGCAAAGACUAGCUAGGAUAUUGUAACCAAUAACUAAUUGUUAUAGAU